CUAACACCGAACUUUAAAGCCAUGUUUUUACAAAAAUUUCAUUUUGGGUUGUCUUUCUUGCUUUUGGUUCGUUGCUUUCUAUCUCCUCUUUCAGGUAUUUCCAUAUGAUCAUCAAGAACUUCUAUAUCAUCGAGCUUAAGCGAGAAUUUAGAUGUACUUUGAUUUCAUUUUGAUUGCUUCUUAAUAAUUUAUAGUGAAGAGUACAUUGAGGAUCUUCCUAUAUUAAACUGAGCGUCGUUCCUCAUCUCCAACAAUAAUAGAUGGGGAGGGGAGGAGGGACUGGCUCAAAGAACAGUGUUAAGCGACCUGCCUGUAUGAAGAGUAUUGAAUCUGAGGAUUCAGAUGAGGACUAUGUGGCUGAAGCGGAUGAAAUAGAUGAUCAAUCUGAUGAAAUGGACUCUUUGGUCGCAGAUGCUUCAGAAGAAGAAAGUUGCUUUGAUGCUGACAAGGAGGAAGGGGAGGAAGAGGAGGAGGAGGCAGAGGACGAAGAUCAAGAGGGGGAUGAGGGAGGAUGGAGGACAGUGGUAAAGCCAUCGGUUAGGAAGACCAAGAGAUCUUCUAGGGUUAAAAAUGGAUCUGCAAUGCCUCGGAAAAAUGGUGUAAGAAGGCCAAACAAGAGAAGGAGAGUUAGGUCUGAUGAUGAUGAUGACACCGAUGAUGAUGAUGAUGAGGAGUUUACACCAGACGAGGAAUUCUUGGAAGAGGAAGAGGAUGAUGAUGAUGAUGAUGAUGACGACGACGACGACGAUGAUGAUGAGGAGUUUUCCUUGCCAAAGACAAAAAAGAAGAUUAAGAAUAGAGGGAGGAAACCAUUGAAGAGAAAAACUAAUGUAAAAAGCCAUGGAAAAAGUGCAAAGCCUGCAAAGAAACCUCGUGCAAAAAAGCGCAGAAAGUCAAGCAGCUUGUGGAGGGUCGGCUCUGAUGAUGACGAGGACUUUGUUGGGAAGGGGCCAAUUCUGAGAAACCGGAGUAAGAAGAAGCCGGCACAUCGAAAGAAAAAAGUCACCCCUGGGUCAGAUUCUGAUUUUUGUUCUGACUCAUCUGACUAUGAGUUCACUAUAUCCGAGGAAGAACGUGAACAAGUCAGAGAAGCUAAUCAGAUUUGCGGAAGUCUGGCCACAAACUUGAGGAGUUCAAAGAAAAUCCAAGAAGAUGAGGCUUCUUUUGUCACGGAAAGAACUCCUGUCAGGAAUGUCAGGAAGGGAAAAGAGAAGGCAGAGGAGAAAAAGAAUGAUGUGGGCAAGGCUGUUUGUGGUAUUUGUUUCACAGAAGAAAGAAAGAAUACAGUUCGUGGGACACUGAACUGCUGUAGCCAUUAUUUCUGCUUUGCUUGCAUUUUUGAGUGGUCGAAAGUGGAAACUCGUUGCCCUCUGUGCAAACAAAGGUUUAUCUCAAUCAGUAAGCCUGCCAGAUGUGUUAGAGGAUUGGAUCUAAGGGACACGGUGAUACCAGUUCCAGAGCGCGAUCAGGUUUAUCAACCUUCAGAAGAGGAACUUCGAGACUUGGUCAAUCCGUAUGAAAAUGUUAUCUGUACUGAGUGCCAUCAGGGUGGAGAUGAUGCCCUCAUGUUACUCUGUGAUAUCUGUGAUUCACCAGCACACACAUACUGUGUUGGUCUUGGACGGGAAGUGCCUGAUGGUAAUUGGUAUUGUGAUGGUUGCAGACCAGCUGCCGUUGCGUCCACACAUCAUCAAGCUCAGGACCUCACUCCUGAUCGAAGGACAAGUACUGGUGGCUCUGAUGGGGCAUCCACAUAUGAGAACAUGGCAGAAAUAGACCUUAACGUGACAAUUCCCGAAACUCCACUUAGUCAAGGCAAUGGAUUUAUUUCUUCUUCGAGAUUCCCUAGCGGAAGCUUUCAGAUACCUUCCCCUGGUUCUGGAAUUGGAGUAUCUACUGUAUCUGGAAGACGGAUGAUACAUCGUCAAAUCCGGCAUAUUCUUUCUAAUAGAUUGAGUCAAAUGUCUUCUGGAGCUGAUUUAAGUGCUCUGGGAAAUUUACUUGCCCGUGGAGUUGAUGCAACACAACCAAGUAGAUCAACUGACGUAGGGCCUUCUCAACAUGCUCAUUAUGUAGAUAGAUUGGAGGAAAAUCCUUCUCAUAGUGUACAAAAUAGGGAUUAUUUUCCUGAAAGGAUGGGCCUGAUGGGACAGGUAGGUCAGGCAUCAACCUCUGCAAAUGGCUUAUUUCAUAGCCAAGUACAUUGGAGUGGAUUAAAUAGGUUGGAUGGUCUGAAUCAGAUAUCAGCUAGUGCACCACUUCAUCCGUGGAGUGGUAGAUCAGGGGUUGGGCCAGAAAUUGAUGCAGCUCCCUCACAAAAUAGGUAUGAGGGGCAGGCAAUUUUUGUGAAACAGCAAGUACAUUCAAUGGUGAGGAGCCAACUGAAGAGCUUGUCACGAGACAUGAACUUAGGUCAUGAUUAUUAUGUAGAAAUUUCAAGAAGAUCUGCAUACACCAUUAUGGCUGCAUAUGGGCUGGAGCCUGUAGGGCCUGAUGCAUAUGAAGUACGGCCUCCAAUUUGUCUGCAUCUCGAAAAUAGGUUGGCCAAUGUCGAGAUCAGUCCUAUGAAUGGUUGUUGCUUAGCUUGUUUUGAGGAUUUUGUGAAAGAUGUUGUGAAGAAGGUGAUGAACUUGAUAGUGCAACCACAUUGGUUCGGUUUUAGACAAUAAUUUGUAGAUACCUGGGGACAUAUUUGAACAAAACAUUUUCUUUCUUGGCCCCGAUGUUUCUUUUUUACUCUAAUUAAAAUAGGAUGCUCAUUUUCUUGCCUAUGUUUGUAGGAUCAAUUGUGACUAAAUACAUCCAAGAUUUUUCCUCCUUCAAUGGCCGUUCAAUCAAGUGGGAAGUGUCGAGAAGUGUCUACCUGUUUUUUCUAACCUUUCGUUUCUAACUUGAUCUAUAAUGGUUUGUCUUUUGAGUGUUUGUGUUUUACGGCAAUCAUUGUCAGAUUAUAGAGUGAAUAAAGAACCGAGCAAAGGCGCAUGCUGGGCUUGCCGAGGCCCUCAGCUGUUUGUAUGCCAGGGCAGACAGAUCUGUUCUUUGUCUGAAAUAUGGUGUCAUUAGAUCUUUCUGCGGAUUAUUUUGCAUAGCGGAAUUGACAGUUGCGAUUGACGUUUUUAUUCCGUAGUGUGUCGUCUGGUUGAAACUUGAUAAAUUGCCACGCAGAGAGGUUGAAUGAUGCUAAAAGCGGCACCUGGCAUUUUGCAGGGAAAGGUUCCGCAAAUGGGUGUAUUAGAGGCAAAUCUUACCCUACAAGAAAAUGCUGCUUCCAGGACUUAAAUCCAUGAUCUUUCACCCUUCAAUGCAUUUUACCAGAAUAAUGUCCUUUUAUGGAUUUUGUUAUCUGUAUCUGAAACAAGUUUUGUUACUGAUAGAAGGCAAUGCAACUCGAAAGAUAGCUUAUAUGAUCAUGAUUGGUUUUAAGUCCAAUGACUUCAAAGUUAAUCGCUGGACGCUGGCUAGUCGUCGCUGCAGGUUUUGGUUCCCAGUCUUUGCUGUAAGUUUUGGCUAGACCAGAAAAUGAUUGUAUCGGUUCCUAGUCCUUUGAGCAAACAACGCUCACAAUGGGAAGAGGACCAAAAAUUCUUAGUGGGAAAAUUAUUAAAAAUAAUUUAUAUUUG